AUUGUGCUUAUUCUUUGAACUUCCGUAUAAAAAGGUUAUCUAUGGUUUGGAGAUUGAAUAUUCGUUUGUCAUGUUCUGUCAGUUAUAUUUGUAUAAAACACUGACGACUAGAUAAAUAUUGAUAUCCGUGUGAAAUUAAUGUUCAGAUACAUAUAAUGACCAUAUAUUAUUCUAUUUUAAGGACCUUAUCUCUUUAAGCUUUUAAGGUUUAAUGAGGCGGUGUCGACAUUAUAAACAGUCACUUUUUAAAAUGGGAGUAAACCCGAAGGCAAAUUUUUGAAAAAUGACUGUUUAGUACUUCUAGUAAUUGAUUAUUCUAGUAAUUAAGUUUGAACAAUGGGCGACCAUGAAGAAAAUCAAGAAAACGUUAUACCUAAAUCUUUAGAAACCCUGUUAAAUCAUUUGGAAAUUUCUGUAUCAGAAUCUGAAAAACGCAUUACUGGAUCACUGAAUUUGAGAGAUUUUUACACGGUUUAUUUAAUUGAAGUGAAAAUAACAGAUCCCGAGUUUCAAAAAAAUGCUGGAAAAUUAACUACAGUUUGGAGAAGAUACACAGAAUUUGAACAGCUUCAUGAUUAUUUAGAGGUUACAUAUCCCUACAUUGUCAUUCCUCCUCUCCCUGAAAAGAAGGUAUUAUAUGGAUGGCAAAAAAUAUCCAAUGAUACAUUUGAUCCAAAUUUUGUGGAUAGAAGAAGAGCUGGACUAGAAAAUUUUUUACUAAGGAUUGCAGCUCAUCCGAUUUUAACAUGGGAUAAGCAUUUUAUGGAAUUUCUGCAACAUGAGGAAGAUUGGAGAGAAUCCUAUAAAGCUAAUGGCUAUUUACAAAUGGUUGAAAACAAAUUCAAGAGUCUUAGCGUUUCGGUGAGACUUAAAAAACCUGAUCCAGAAUUUGAAUCGGUAAAAGAUUAUGGUGCUUCUCUUGCAUAUAAUCUUAAUAAUAUGCUUAAAGCCCGAUCAAGAGUUGCUGAAAAGCAAUACAAUGUUCAUAAGCUUCAUGCAAAUUAUGGACGCGUUUUUAGUGAAUGGAGUGCAAUAGAAAAAGAUAUGGGUGAUGCUUUACAAAAAACUGGGCAUUAUUUAGAUUCGCUGGCAUCAAGUAUAGACGCAAAUCUUGAAGACGAGGAACUUUUAGCGGACCAAUUAAAAGAGUACUUAUUCUUCGCGUAUGCCCUACAAAACGUUUGUAGAAAUCAUGAGCUGCUGCAGCUUCAACUGGAAGACGCCGAAGAUAACGUUUCCAAUAAAAAUGUAGAACGAGUUAGAGUUCAACAAGGAAAAACCGGAUUGAUGUCAAAGUUAUUCGGUGCAGUAGAUACUGAAGAGGUGCGAGAAUACAAACUAAAUUCAUUAGAUCAACAAAUACAAGAGGGAGUUGCAGCUGUUGAUAAUGCCAAAGAAGGUAUAUGUGAUUUUACCAACAAAGCAAAAAGUGAUAUUGAACGGUUCCAAACCCAGAAAGUCUUAGAUCUCAGAGAUACUCUUAAUAAUUAUGCAUUUUUGCAGCUAAAGGUUUCCAGAAAGUUUUAGGAUGCCAAAUUACGUUUUUACGCGGUAAUAUACUGGGUAUGUCGAUUUCUGAGAUAUUCAUCUAAUUUGGCCUAAGAUGACUGGACUAUCAGGCGCUUUGGGUUGAAUCUUUUGACAUCAAUAGGCAAACUCUGAUGACAACAUUCCACUUACUACUGGCAAUGAGACACAUUAUGAUUUUUUAAAACAUUCGCAAUAACUCUACAGAAAACAUAAAUUAAAAAAACUAAGUCGAUUGAACACAAUUUUCUAAAUAAAAAAAUGUAUUUGAAACAACUGGGCUAUAGAAGAUAUUGAGAUCUAAGUUAUUCAGCCGUAUUCUUUAAUAUCGGUAUAUAGACUUUUUUCUUGUUUUAGGGCCUCCAAACUUGGACUCAAAUACGUGACUGUCUACAAAGUAUUCCAUAAAAUUGAUAUUCUUACGUACUUAAAAAAACACUCAUAUUUUUACAACUUAAUGGAUUCCAAGAUUUUAAUGUACCUACAUAUCGUCUAUCUAAGGGGCACCAUAACAUAUUUCAAUUUCUGAAUCGAGCAUUAUUCUCAACUCAAAUUUUGAUAUAAGAUAAUAACUAAAGAAAAUAACUGAAGAAACUGCUCUUGAAAAGAAGUCUAUAGCACUGGAAUCUCUGUAUAACUAAAGAUAACGUGAUAUAUUUUAUUGUAUUGUCAGUACUACUUGAUAAACAGGUUAUACAUCGAAAAAUUGGAUAUUUUCAAAGAAUUUCGGUUAGACUGUUCAAAAAAUCCAACCAAGAAUCGUUUUAUAAUUAUGCUAGAAAUUUGAGAUGUAAAACCGAAUUUAUUUUGUGGUACAUAUUGGUAUGUGAUACCAAUUAUUAUAUAUUAAGUUAUUUAUUGAAAUCCUAGAUACUGGCCAGAAAUACUGAAGAUGCUAUUAACAGAACCUGCAGUUAAGUUUGAGUUUUUGGGAUCUUUGAUGAUAUUUAUACUGAACACGCUGUUUACACUAUCAUUACACCAGCACUCACAAUUACAUUGUCUGAGUCACGUUUCGAUAAUCAAGUUAUCGUCUUUUGUUCCAGUUCACCUUCAGUCUCUGAAAACGAUAACUUGAUUGUCGAAACACGAGUUAGACAGUGUAAUUGUGAGGGCUGGUGUAAUGGUAGUGUAAACAGGGUGUUUAGAAAGAACCUGAAGUGUUUUCAAGGUUGGAUGUCAUUUAUUAUGAAUUUGUGGUUGUUGUACUUCUAAUUGUAGGUAAUCUUUGUUAGCAUUGUUAUUACCAUAUUACCAUUUCCUGUUAUUUUAAUGAUAAUAAGUUCUUGUUCCAGAUACUUGAUUUUGCUAAUUGUGAAACGGCAGUGAAUUGGUUAGAAUGAUUUGAAAACAUUUUCUUCGACGUAUAGGACAAUUUUCCAAUUUUGCCAAUAUUUUAGUCCAUUUUGAAAUUAUUACCAUAUAACCAUUUCCUGUUAUUUUCAUGAUCAUAGGCUCUUGUUCCAGAUACUUGAUUUUGCUAAUUGUGAAAUGGUAGUAGUUUGGUGAGAAUGGUUCGAAAAUAUUUUCUUCGACACAUAGGAAUUUUCUGAUUCUGCCAAUAUUUUGAUCCAUUUUUAAAUUAUUGCCUUAUUACCAUUUCCUGCUAUUUUUAUGAUCUUAAGUUCUUGUUCCAGAUACCCAAUUCUGCUAAUUGUGAAACGGCAGUGAUUUGGAUUAGAAUUAUUUGAAAACAUUUUCUUUCAUUUAUGGGAAAUUUCCAAUUCUACCGACAAAGGUUAUUUUUUUUUCUACAGAUAUAAUUUAUUGUCACGAAUAAUCUAUCAAUAUUAUUAGCAUAUGGCUUUGCCUGUCUGUAUGUUUUUGAUAAAAAUUAGAUCCAUAUUUUAUUCUACUAUCAUCAUUAGCAUUUUAUUUUAAAAAUUUUAUAGCUGUUAUUUUAAGCCAAUCACAUGCCUCAACUUUAACAGGUUUCUAUAACAACAACCUGAAUUUUUUGAAAAUUUUUAUGGUCAAGUAACCUAGCUGCUAUAGUAUAUUGUAUAACAAGUUUUGGAAAUGGAUGAUGUCACACGAUUUUGCAGAAUUGAACAAACGAGUGUGAAAUCGAAUUUUCGACACGUGUUUUACACGAUCUUUUUCUAACAACCACAGAAAAUGCAGUUAAUAUUUAUUUUUUUAAGUUUAUGGUAGAGUUACUACAGUUUUGAAAACAAAUUGGUUCUUGCAGACUGUUGUUGACUAUUUGUUCCUCAUUUUGCGUAUUCUUUUUCCCUGUUUUCCGGUAGGUUUUCAAAUUUUCCUGGUUUAAAUUUCGUGAAUUUACUACACUUUUAUUAUGAUUAUUUAUUUUAGAAUAUAAGUAUACUGAAACAACAAAGUUUUUUUCAAUUUAACUAAUUCUUACAUCAAGCUGUUUUAGAGAGCCUUCAAGAAUUUUUUUCUUUCUGGUUUCCAGUUCUUCCUGUUUUUCUAGCUUUUUUUAGUAGGCAUUCCUCAUAUUAGUUUUUAGAAUAUCUACAUUUUUUAGUCCACCAAUUUUUUGUAGAGAAUUGUACACUAAUCUUUGGUCUAUAAGUGAUUAUUCUUUUGAAUUUUCAACUAUAAUCUCCUUAUUGACAAAAAAUCCUCUCUCAUCCCACCUUUCUAAUAUCGCAAUGCCGUGAAAAAUUAUUAAAAGUAAGUAGUUGCACCACCUUUUUUUAAACUACUGUUUUCGAUCAUUUCCAUCCAAAAAUUUAUUUAUUUGGAGUGAUCUGAUUCAUGAUUUAACUCCCAAAAAGAUGAAAAAUUUUUGGCUUGAAAUGAAAUAAUCAUCUACCUCUACAACCGAUUAUUUAUAGUUGUUUAUAGACCUGUGAACUUUUUCCAAAUUCCCAAUCUUCUAAUAUCUAGUGAGCUAUACUAAAGAUGUUUCUUCUCUUAUUGUAUAAUUUCUUUCGUCACAAAAUGUGCAAUUUUUAUUUUCAAAACGCAAUAUUUUCUUUUCAUAUAUAAAACUUGAAUACACUUUUUAAACUUGCCAAGAAAGUGUCAAAUGAAAAGAUCACGUCAUAUCCAUUCCAUUUAUUAAAUCACUAAACAACUAACUUAAAUAAACUCUUCCUCCUUGCGGUGGGUAGUGUGUCGGUCCUAUGAUAGUGAAAGUUUUUUGUAAAAUUAAUUAUUCUUAACGCAGCAGUAAAUUAAUAAUGAAAUAGAUCUAACUUUAGUUUUCCAAUUUUGAACCUUCACUACACUACUGUGUCAGUACUAGAUCUUGUUUGUCAUUUGAAAUUUUUCUUUCUAUAUUCACAACUUUUCGGCGCAGGAGCUCGACUUGUUCACAUCGACUCUUCACUCUGGCUACGGUUCUCGCUUUAAGACCCAGAUGAGUUGCCAGUCUUCUGAUAGACCAUCUUCCAAUUUGGCAAUAAUGACAGCUUUCAUAAUUCCAGUUAACUGAGGAGGCUUUUUAACCUUAUAUGCAACAAAUUCAUUCGAUAGAGAAUUCGGGCCAAUGGAUGGAAAAUGCGAGGAUUGUUCCUAGUUCCCUUCGAGGAUAUGGAUUGUAGUUUAUUGAAACGAUGAAAACUCGAAUCGAAAGUAAUUUAUUACAAUAUAAACUUAAUAAAAUUAACAAACAGUUAUAGAAAAUGCUUACGUAAACGUAAACUAAUAGCAGAGAGAAUAUUUGUUUGACAUUCAGACACAAUUUUAACAUCUUAACUUAUUUGGUCGCGCUAUUCUGUUACAUCUCGCUUUCGCUCGUGGGCUGACACGAAAUUAUUAAUCUAGAUGCAAGAGUAAAAGAUGAACAACAGUUAUUCCCUUUACAUAAUGUUAGGUAUGUUUGUAUGUAGAAAACUUAAAUGAAAUUGUUUUCUAUUGGUGGAGCUCUAUCAAACUAUCAAAAUGUUAACAAAAUACUAAAUUUAAUGUUCUGAUUUGUUAAAAAUUACACAAAAAAAUAAUCAGUUAUAUCACAAGAGCCUCGAGUAACGAAACGUAAUAUGCGAAAAAUCACGAUAACGAGCUCCAGUCAAGUUCUGAGUGAAAAAUAAUAAUUGAUUAUUUCCGAUUGCUCAGUGAGAUUCUUUACGAUUAUAUAAUGAAUGGACCAAUAAUAAUGAAUCCUUUUUUUAUUAUUAUAGAACUUACAAUUAUUGGAAUCAUUUAUGAAACCUGUUAGCUGUCAAUGAGCUUGAGCUAGCUAUAAUGGUAGUGCACGAAAAGUUUUGUUAGGCUACACAGACCACACCAGACACGCAACUCAAUAAUCUGGAAGUGGCAGACGAGAGAAACAGUUGUUGUUCUUCUCUCUCAUCGCGAUAUAAAACGUACCUAGGUGGCGCUCUUGGCCGACGAAUAGCGGGAUUUUUAAUUUUGAAUUAAAAUUUAAUUUAAAAUGUUUUUAAACAUGUAGAAAAAUAAUUGAAACAAAAAUUGAGCUUUGUCAAAUUGUAUUUGCAUAAGUACAACAAAGAAUCACAAUAAUAAUAAUGCUAUGCCACAUCUUUUCAUAACAAACACAGACUGAAUGAGAACUAGUAACAUUAGAUCAUAGGGAUUCCAAGAAAACUGAAACAAAACGUUAUGCAAGAGGACAAAGUUGUUUGUAAAUGUGGACCCAAUGAAUCAGAAUUUGAUGGUACUGUAGGUGUAUGAAUUGUCCAAGAAGUAGACAUUUAAUGGUAUUGUUAUUAUUUAUGCAAAAUUUUUCUUUUUGUGCGUGCUGACAUUUGCCGGCUGGCUUCAGAUCUUAAAUUUCGGACAAGUCUUGUACAGUACCAUGGGAUUCCGAUUCUACAUAUACUUUUAAGUAAAAAAUCUUUCAAAAAAUAAAAAUGUUCCUCACAAGUAAUAAAUGAGAAAUCAAUUUCUUGGUUAAGCAAAUUUGUUGCUACAUCUUGUAGGUUAUUCUUUUCACAAAUAAUCGGUAGCUUAUUCUCUAAAACUGUAAUACCAAUACCAACCGCAAUAACAAACUGUUUAGAAGGAUAAAACAAUUUAUUCUUAGAAUUUGAGAAUUCCUUACUGGAAAUAAAUUGAUUACAUGGCUCAGUGUCAUCUGAGCUCAAGAUGUAACUGCAUCUAUCGCAAACAAAGUUUGAAAAUAAUUUUUUAAUUAUAAAACCGCUGACAUAAGCAACCGAUAAUGUCUGAAGAGAACCAAUUUCUACAGCAUUUGCAAUGUCAACAGCAAAUGCACUAGAGUUGCUGUAAUUACUUAGUGAGGUGCCUGCAAUUUCAAUACUUGAUUCGUUCAUACUUUCAACGGAUUCUGAAACACCAGCAGCAGGUUCUAACAAGGAACGUAAAUUACUUAAAAGAGUUAAUUCAUCUUCCUCGCAAUUUGUUCCCUUCAAACCCUGAUUUGUGAGUCCAUUAAUAAUUUGUGUUUUCAGAGACCCAAUAAACUGUGUCACAGUAGGAUUUUCAUUAGAACCACAGCCUGCACGAAUAUUUCCAAAAAGGUUUUCAAGUCCAUCCUGAUUUAUACAUUUUGUUUUCAAAGUUUUGACCCCUUGCGUUUUUAGAAAUUUCCACAGUUCAGUGGUGGCUCUCAAGGUAUGUAGCCAUCCUCGCUGUGAUGGCGGUUUCCAAUGAUGGGCGUUAAAUUCAUCGUCUGGUUUUCUUAUAAAUUUAUAUUGAUUUACUCUUCUGAAUGCAUCUUCCCAAAACGAAGUGUGGCCUGAUUCUUCGGAAACGAUGCAUUUAAACGGCUUGCCAUCAGGUGCAACUCUAGCUGAAGCAUUUAGGCUGUCAAAUAACUCAUCCAUUUCUUGAAUAAAGGUUGCAGUAGCUAAUGAUCGUGGUGGCAAAAUGUGUAAAACAAUAAAAAUAAUUAAUUAGUUAUUAAUAAUUGUGAGGGAGCCACUUACUUUGUUGCACUAAAUUAUAUAAAUAUACAGACACUGUUCGGCUCAAGGUUUGUGCAGCAACUUUAACUUUCAUAGCUGUUUGGCCUACUGGAUAUAAAUAAAAAUCUUUUAACUUAUGUAGACUGCGAAAGAUCAGUGGAUUUUUCUUGUCUUGCUCAUAAGCAAUUUUUAUAUCUGACCACCUGGCUUGCAUUAAUUGUUGUUGAGUAGCAACGGUUACAGUGGGAAGCAAAAUAUUAUAUUUCCGAAAUAGGUUCCGAAAACAUUUCAAUAGAUGUGGCACAUCAAAUAUGGUAAAUAUUUUCAAUUCAUUGUGCACAAAGUAAGGAUUAUUAAUGUCUGAUCCCAUGUCUUUUAUAGCUCUCACGUUAGCAGUGCCCAUGUCACAAAUGGUGGCCACUAUGGGAAUGUGAGCCUUACUCGCAGCAUCUAACACCUCUCUCAGUACACACUGCAAUUUCUGUGCCGAAACGCCGUUGGCUGUAAAGUAAUAGGUAAGAGGUUGUUUCCAUGCUCGGCAAAUUCCUUGGGCAAAGAAGACUAGGGCAUAUCUUGCCAACUGCCUGGUUCUCUUACCGCUUCCACAAUCUUCCAGACCUUCGAUACAGUCAGCCGAUGGAUUAUAUUUUAUAUGUUCCCUUAUUGCCAUCUCAUCAAAGGCCAGCGUGCAAAAACGAUCCUUUUCAUCAAAUCGUUGAACGUAUGGGUACGUAUGGGUACUUACACAACAAGAUAAUAAAUUUUCUGUUUACCUGUCUGCGCUACGGGGAAAGCAAAAUAAAUGCUUUACGUCGUCUUCAGAAUUACCGCACACAAUACAAAAUCUCAUUUUCCGGUGAAUGAUGAUUAUUGAAACCACUCAAACCCACAAAUAGAAUCCAAGUGCAUGUAGCGUGAUGAACAAAACAGAACGGCGGGGUUUUACAUGUGUCAUUUCACAUCCCAUUUAUUAAUGUCAAUUAUGGUAGUGACAUCUGUGUGCAAAUAAUGUAACUUUCGAAAGAUUUCUGUAAAUACAAAAGCGUCUCUACAAACGUUUUGUAGUAAGUGUGAUAAAGACAGAUAAAUACGAUUUGUAAUGUACUGAACAAUGAUGAAAAAAACUGCCUUCUUUUUGGAUCUACUUUCCCGUCUGGUAUGGUCUGUGGUUAGGCUAGGCGCAUACAAAUAAUUUUCCAUCGACUCAACUGUCGAGUCAAAAUUGAUAAGCGAUUUCACCACGAUUUAACUAUUUAGUUGUGUAGAGUGCGCAAACUGAAAAUUAAUAGUCGAUGAGAUCUCGAUAAUUCCAAAUUUUCUAUUAUUAGUACAAAAUGAUUAAUCGAAAAGCUCUGGUCAAUGAUCUCCUUUAUUUGGAGGAUGAAUAGGGAAAGAAGUUUUUGUCCUGUUUUUAACAACAGAUUACCACAUGGAAGAUUCCACACGUUAUAUGGUAAAUUGAAGAAAUUAUUUUACGAUGGUACGCCCAUCCUGAGACGACUUCUCGACUCAUCUCCUCUAUCAAUUUUUAUUAGAAAUAUCAUCCAGAUACGACUUCCAUGCAAACUUCCUCCCAUAUCUUUUUCUACGCUAUUAAUGAACUCCUCCGUGUCGUCUGCCAUGGUGACAAGAGACGUGACUUCGCUUCAAAUGCUUAUACGAGACUCGUAGUCGCGGAUCGAUUGCUUAGUCGACGGUCUGCACACAUCAAUACAAUACAAUACAAAUUGUGCGCUUGAUCGAUAGUUCAACUUUUAAUCAAAAGCAAAUCGAUAAAGCUUUUUGACUUUUUUGAAGAGCAACUAUCGAGUUGACAGUAUGUGUGCUAAAAAUAUUCUUUUAAACAUAUGAUACACAACAAAACAGUUGUUCAAGUAAAAGUUGUAUGUAUGCGCUAGCCCUUAUUCCGGAAGGUUUUUGAAAUGUUAUUUAUCGUAUCAGCCGGGCACUUUACCAACUUUUCUCCCAUAAGGUAUAUUCCUUCUUCUUUCUACCUCCCAUGAGUAGUUUGUAGAGGAACAGUUAUUUUCGUCUUCUGUACGGUAGAGAAAAAUGAUAUGUUGCUCCUUACCCGACAAUAUAUUAUAAUGUUUUUGUUAUUUAUUUUAAUAUUUAUUGACGUUACUUUUUUUCAUGCUUGUUUAAUACUAAGGUUCACUAAAAUAUCCAAAUGAUGAUAUUCAAUAAAAAGUUCACACAAA